UUAAUAUUAUAUUGUUUGAGUUAAUUUUGUAUAUGUUCAAUUGGUCAGGAGCACACACCAUUGGCAUCGCUCACUGCUCUGCCUUCGCCAGCAGGCUGUAUAACUCCAGCAGCAGCUCGGGAGUCGACCCGACGCUGGACGCGGCGUACGCUGCUCAGCUGAAACAACAAUGCCCGACGGCGGGGAGCGACACCGAGGUGCAGAUGGACCCGCCGAGCGAGCUCGGGUUCGACAACAGCUACUACCAGGGCAUCUUGAGGCACAGGGGGCUGUUCACGUCGGACCAGACGCUGGUGUCGACGCCGGCGGCGGCGGCGCAGGUGAACUUGUUCGCGCGCAACUCGGCCAUCUUCACGAGGAGAUUUGCGGCGGCGAUGGUGAGGAUGGGCAGCAUCGGCGUGCUGACCGGGAGCAACGGAGAGAUACGCACCAACUGCAGAGUGCCCAACUGAAUCGAGUUGACUUAGAUUUAUUUAACUGUGUUUUAUCUUUCUUUAUAUGACUAAAAGUGUCAAACUCGCGUCUUAAUUCGACGAGAGCUGUCUCCAUUAUCUUCAUGUGAACAAAAAUGUCAAAGUCGUGUGUCUUAAUUCGACGAUCGAGAGCUUGCUGUCUCCAUUAUCUUCAAAUAUAUGAAUAAAAAUGUCAAAGUUACAACA